ACUUACUUCCGGCGGCAGAAAGAUGGCCGAUGUUUUUGCGGACCUAGAUUUAUUUUCUGAAUUUGACAAGGAUCGCGAAGCUCAGGCGAGUUUUAUUCAUUACGAUGAAGAUUCUGUGAAAUCAAGGAUAGUUUUUGAGGAUUAUGAGUCAGAGAAAGAGAGUGAGUCAGAAGAUGAUUAUGCUGGAGACUUUGAAACCAAAGAACCUUCUGCUGGCAAGGAGUUGGUAAAAACUGAAAUUCAAAAUGACGCUGCAUUGCCCGGCGUUGCUGUCGAGAGUGAAAGUGAGAAAUUGAUGAGCGAUGUAAGUGUGAGUGCAAAGGAUGAAACGUCCGAAGAAGUUAAAACUGCUGAAGUUGUUACAGAGAUUACUGAUGAUUCAGUGGGUCAACCUAUUGAAACAAUUACAGAAGAUGAAAUGAUAAUUGAAGAUGAUGCUAACAAUGAAAUUCAAAAUGAAACCUCUCAAUAUGAUCCCUACGCAUACAAUUUUAAUGGAUCCGCUGAAAUAAAGCCUGAAGAAGAAAUGAAAUUGUCACCAGAAGAUGAAGCAAAGGCAGCUUGGUUAAAUGAGCAACUUUAUUCUGAAGCAGCAGAGGAAGCCAAGAAAACGAACAUUUCAACGCAGCAUUUGAUUUUUGAACGUAUCCUUUUAUUAGGGCCUACAUGGCCUAGGCCUAUUCAUCUCAUGAUUGUUCAGUGGUACUAAGCCUAUAGCUUAUACUGGCUAUAGGUCUAUAGCUCUAUGCUGGCAAUAGACCUAAGAUUCAAUCUGCUGUUAGGCUCUCAGCCAUAUUCAUAUUAAAAUUUAAUAUUUAAAGCCUAAUUUAAGUUUACGAAGUGUCUACACGUCCGGCGCGCCGGACAAAUAGUGCGCAAGAUACACGUCCGGCGGCAUGUCACGUGACCGACGGACGGCUAGUAGUUUUUAUUAUUCUGAACGAAAUGCAGUUUGGCAGAUCUUGUGUGGUCUAGUGGUAGAGUGGUCGUUUGACGUUAUUAUUAUUAUGAUUUGUGGAUCAAUUCCGGGGAAAGGAUAUUUUUUUUUUCCCAUUUUAAUUAAAAAUAUUUUAUACUAUAUUUUUAUUAUCAUGUUCAUCAGCAACAGUAGUUUCAUGACAAGUUUUUAAAUAUUUUGUAACAAUGUAAAAUGAAAUCUUUUAUUGGUAGCCUACUCCAUACUGGCCCCUGCCCUAAUUAAUUUUAUGGAUUACUGGUACACAAACUCAAAUAACAAACAAAACAAAAAUGUUUACAAGCCACUUUCACUUAAGUUUUUUUUCUAUUAUUUGCAUUCAAGAUACUCAGUACAUUACUUGGUAGAGAAAUUGAUUUUAAAAUUAACAAUAGUUUUGAAUCAUUCGCAGUCCCGUGACAAGGCUGACCGACAAGAUAUCUCUCGCCACUUUCUUACGGCGGUCAUGUGACUUGGUCGCCGGACAAAUAGUGCGGGAGAUACACUGCCUUAAGUUUAAGGCCUAGAGCCUAGGUCUAUCUAAUCUACUCAUAAUGAUUAUCAAGGUGAUUAGUGAUUAGUUAAUUAGCAAAAACUUUGAUUUUAAUUUGUCUUGGAGAUUUUAAAGAAAAUUUAAAUCAUUUAGUUUCUUUAGACUUGUCACAAAAAGUUAGGCCCCCUCCAAUUUAUAAUGCCAAUAUAACGUCACAAACCUCGGCCCCCCCACCCCCCCUCUUUAAAAAAUCCAUUCGUCCACUACUAUCCUUUACAAACCUUUAUAGAAUGGAUAUGGAAUUACUGCAUCUGUGUUAGAAACAUUUCCUGGUGGUUUUUAAAUAGGGGUGAAAGCACCCUUUGUGGCACGGAAGACUCAGAAAAUCAGUUUUAUUUGCUGCCAUUUAUAGUGGUUUCUGCCAUCAGAAAUUUUUAUUGUGAAUUUUGUUUGCAACAUUACCUGUAUAGUUUUUUUUUUUGUAUCUAGAAAGUUAAUUAAACAAAUAAAAUGACAAUAAAAUAAUUUAAUUAUUGUCAUUAAAUUUUUUUUUAUUAUUAUUUAAUUUAAGGGGGGGGGGUGUUUAGAAGUUGAGAGGGGAUGCAGCACUGUAACAAAAUUUAAGAAACCCUGGCCGGGAACAUUUACUAUUUUUGUAUCUAGAAAGUUAAUUAAACAAAUAAAAUGACAAUAAAAUAAUUUAAUUAUUGUCAUUAAAUUUUUUUUUAUUAUUAUUUAAUUUAAGGGGGGGGGGGUGUUUAGAAGUUGAGAGGGGAUGCAGCACUGUAACAAAAUUUAAGAAACCCUGGCCGGGAACAUUUACUCAGGGUUCCCGCUGCCUCCUGAAAUUCCAGAAGCUCCUGGAAUUUGAAAAAAAUUGAUAAAAUCCUGGAAAACUCCUUAAAUUUUAAAAUUACUCCUUAAGUGUCCUGAGAUUUUGUAUUUUCUCAUGGAAAAGUCCUGGAAUUUUUUUUAAGAUUUGGUGCAGGAACCCUGUUUACUAAAAUCACCCCCAUCCCUGCGCACAUCCAGUCCAAUAUUUUUGUUCCAUCUCACUUCACGUGGUAGCCCCAAUUCUAUGAUUCCUGCCUCCACAUUUCGACAUAAAUUCUCAUGACUGUUAAAGUCACCAUACCCCAAUUGUCCUCCCCCGUGGCAACUUGAUCAGAUGCCAUGUUCUUGGACCUCACAUACCUGUACUGAUUCUCUCAGUGAUCAUAGGUCUGUUAUUUAGUGUCAUUAAGUGCAUUUUUUACUAUAAUGUUCCACUUUUAAUGUGAUGUCACAUUGCUUAAACAAACACCCCCCCCCCCCCCCCCCCCCCCCCCCCCCCCCCCACCCCCCACCCCCCCCCCCCCCCCGUCACAUCGCCACAAAAAUGUGACACACCUCCCCACUAAACGCUUGACAUCAUUUAUGGAUGGCCCCUUGCCCAAUCCAUCUUGCUAUUUAUCUUAACAUAUUAGCUCUAAUAGAAACUAAUUAGAUAAACUAGGGCUUAUUCCACAUUCUUUUCUUUAAAUGUUUAUUUCAUUAAUUUAAUGUCUAAUUUGCCUAAGGGAUAGGCUAUUAUUUUAAAUAAUUUUAUGUAAUUUUCUAAGUCCUAAAUAUUAAUUGAGAAUAUCCCUUAGAGCAGUGGUUUUGAACCUUCCUAAUGCCGCGACCCUUUAAUACUGUUCAUGUUGUGGAGACCCAAACCACAAAAUUAGUUUCAUUGAUACUUCAUAACUGAAUAGUAUGUGUUUUCCGAUGGUCUUAGGCAACCCUUGUGACAUGGUCGUUCGACCUCCAAAGGGAUCGUGACCCACAGGUUGAAAAUCAUUGCCAUCCAAAAAAAGGGGGUUGAUUAAAACUCAAAAGAUAUACAUGCAAGCAGAUUUGACAAAAUAAAACUACCUGCUUUGUAUUAUUAUUAUUAUAAUUAUGACAAUUGUAAAAAUCCUUAACAUUUAUACAGGAAAUAAAUUCCGGCGCUAUGCCAAGAUCUUGGACUCAACCAGGCAGGUUUUAUUUUAUUAUUUUUAUGUACAUAAUACUUAAUUAUCCUCCAAUAUUUUUAACUCUUAAUUUUAAUAUUGAAGUUUUACUAACUCAGUUCCUUCUGUUAGGAGUUAAGAGUAAAAGAAAUUUUUGUUAUUUUGUUUGCGUCAGCCUAAAUUAUAGAUUUAUUGAAACUAAAGAGCAUGCUGAUAUUUUUAAAUGAACGUUCUAUUGUAACUGGAGAUGUAAUAAAGGUUAAUUUUUAAUUUGGCUUCCUGACAAUGUACUAAAGAUUAAAGUAAACUAAAUAUUUUAAAAUUAAUUUGUGUUUUGCUGUAGGUAUGCACCUGACGACGAUAGCCCUGCAGUGCAGCUUCUUUUUAACAACAACUCAUUUGCGCGCAAGUAUAGACAGCAAAUUGAACAAUUCAUCAAAGGUCUUCUUUGGGAAGAGUUUCAUUCAAUGCAACAAGAAUCAGUGUCCGAAAUAAUAAUCAAGGUAGAUUUAAUCACUUUUAAUUAUAUACAUUUUAUAAUGCAAAUUUUUCCUCAGGUUUCUAAUACGCAUUUAUUUAUUUUUAUUUAAAAAAACAAAAAACUCUCAACACUGAACUUCUUGCAAGGGAAUUUAAAGUAUACAUAUUUUUUUUCAAGCGCUUGAUAAUCUUCAUACCCACGAAAAGACGGUUCCAAAUCUAAAAGAUUAUUUUAUUUGAUGGCAAUAAAAUGUCAUAUCAAGUAUAGUAAUAUUCAAUCUCUUUUUAGAAGAAGUACUUGGAUUACUUUAUUUUUCACAAUCUUUUUAAAAGAGUCCUGUGUGUUUUGAAUGAUUCAAACUUAAAAUGUUUAAUCUUUUUAAAACAAAAGUUUACAUAAAAAUUCACCGGUUGAAUGGUAUAUAUUUAUUAAGAAUAUCUUCCAAGACAUAAAUACACAAAGAUACCUUAUUCAAUGCGCGUAAAUAAACAAUCCCUUACAAUAGGAGUUCAAUGACCAAUGCUAUGCAUAUGCACAUGGUUGAAAAAAGGCAAUGGAAGGAUACAAAAGAAUUUUGUUUAAAUUUUCAUUUUCAAACCCAAUAAGUUCAUUUAUAUUUCACAAACCUGAGCCUUGUAGCCUUUUGCAUUUUGCAUUCUGAUCUUCCCUCUAAUGUAUAUGUUUCCUUUUUACUACAUUAAGUAAUUUUACUUAAUGUUAGUUUUUUUUUGUUGUUGCUAUGCUGAGCGCAGAGAUGGUGUGAAAUAUGAGUAAUAAACAGUUUUGAAUGUUUCUGUGCUACUAUAACUAUAUAUGUGUAGUUUGAUGUUAACAAUUUAUGUUUAAGACUCAUAAUUGCCUUUUUUUGCUUUGCUGGAAAAUUGAAUAUUAUGUUGGAGAAGGAGGUGAAGGAACUGAAACAAAGGAUCAAGAUCAUAUUAAUGACACCCUAUUUUCAUCACCGCAGACCGUUACAGUGGUCUGAGAAGAAAUGUCCUCUCACUACCAUGUACCGCUUGAGAGAAACGAUGCCACAUCUUUUGAUGCAAUGUGGGUAGUUAGUGAGUGUAAAAUGUAACUUGUUUACAUCUAAUACAAGCAGUGCCCAUGGAAGAAAUUUAACGCCAAUCUAUGCGUCAAUUUUCUUUAGAGAAGAGGUGAGGGGCAUUGUUAUGUUUUCAUUUUGCUUGUGUUGGUGAGGAGAGAAAAAGAAAGUAGUUAAGUUUGGCAGACUUAACUCACAUCAUUUUUUUCUAGAAGUUGGUGGUUUAAACAAUGAUUCUGAAUAUCUUUACAUUUGUUCCAAUUUUUGCAAAUCGUCCAUUGUUUUUUCGUGUGCUUAUGUAGCAAGAAAAUGGUGAGGACAUUGAUAUUUCACCCACAGAUAUUGUAAGUUCAGGAAAACACGCGUAAGCUUCAAGUUUACUAAUCAUCUGUGGUAUAAAUAACUUUUUCAGCCUGGUCAUCCAUCUUGCAUUGAUAUAAACAGUAGUCUCCCUCUUGAAAGCAGAACAGAGAAGAUGAGACAGCGACAUGGGGUAAGUGGCUUAAAAGUAUUAUUAUAAUUAAUUAUUGGGAUAGAGGUGUUAUUUUUUAUGUAUAUUUUUUUUAGUUUAUAUGUUGACAUUUUUUUUUCUUCAGAUUAUUGGCAACAGUCAGUUUCAUAAACAAUUUCUCAUAGACUUCCUUGGAUGGCCCUUUACAGUAGCUGAACCUACCAGAUGCAAUGUCAACUGGGAAAUACCUCUGUAACUAAUAUUUCAUUUAAUUAUGAGAUUUAAUACCGUAGCUCUAUAAAGUUUAAACCAAUUUUUCAAUCAUUCCUAAUGUUAUAAUUUAAAAAUGUAUUGAUCAUAGACAUUGCAAAAUAGUGUUUGUAAGAUCAACAUGCUAUUUCUGCUUUUCUUUGAAUUUUGUUCCAACUAUGAAGUUAAAUUGAAGUGUAGAAAUAAAACUACCCACAUGAUUAAAAUUGUUGACAUUAAUUUGAAAAAAAUAAAUCUUUAAAUUAAAAAAAAGAAAGACAAAAAAUGCUACUUAUGUGCAGCAACAAUUCCAUUAAAGUUAACUGCUACUGUAUUAUCUUUAGAUAUGGACAAGUCUUUAAUGAGGUUUAUGCAGAUCCAACUAAUAAGCUGAAAAAGAUGGGAACAAAAAGGUAUGUUUUUGUGGGUUUUUUAAAAAUUUGAUUUUUAAUACUUUUUGAAAAACAAAAACCAUCCUCUUUUUUUUUUUUUUAAAUUAAAAGAAAUAAUAGUGUAAUUUUGUGUUGCUACUAAAAAUACAUAACCAUCUGUUAGAUACUAAAUUUGUUAAAGUUUCAGUCAAGUUUGCUUUAGGGCUUCCACUCUGUUUAAUGUAAACAUGAAUCAAACAGACAAAAACAAGCGUGUUGGAACUGUGGUGAAGAAAAUCAUGCUGUGAAUGACUGUAAACAACAGAGGAUCCCAUCGAGGAUCGCAUCAAAUCGUAGAGAAUUCUUGACACAACAGCAACAGAAUGCCUCAUCGUUUGAGCCUAAGUUUACGUAAGCAAGACCUUUAUUUUCAGAAAACUGGCUGAGGUUUUUUUUAAACUUCGACACUCCAAACUGCUUUUUAAUUGGGAGAAAAGUUUUGAAAGAUUACAUCAUAAAUAAAUAAAAGAUCUCUGAAAUGGCAAAGGAUAAACAUUUUAUAAAUAAAUUAAAUUUGAGUACCAAUUUCUAUGUGAUCAAUGAAAUAUUUGUGUGACCAGCAGUUAUUAAUUUAAAGGCAAUAAUGCAUAUUAAAACUUGUAUCCUCAUUGUAAUAGUAAAAAGCCAAAAUAUGGCUGAUUUGGCAAAAUUAUUAACUAACAUAAAUGAAAAUCAUACGCAAAUUGUUUGCUAUUAUAUUUAUGUAAUACUUCUUUUACUUACCUUUUAAAGACCAUUCCAGCCCACAGUGGCUAUCAUUGGACUCUGAUUAAAUGACUAGUUGCACAAGUCUUGUAAACAAAUACAAACAAUCACUUUGAGCCAUAUUACUAGCAUUUAACCUAAGCUCAUCAAAAGUGAUUGAAAUUUAAAUAACUCAAGGUUAGAAGAAUUAUGGGUCUCAACAUUUUUUAUUAUAGCAAAUAAUCCCGUUAACUCGAUCCUGUUUGGGUGCGAUCAAAAUUGUCUGACAGAGGUACAUACAGAUGUGACUAUUGCAUUCAGAUGAUGUUAGAGACACUAACAAAAGCAGCUUUUUUUAUUUACACAGUAAGGUUGUGUUCAUGGCCUGGCAAUAGACAGCACAUUUUUGGAGUAUAUACAUCUCUUCCUGGCAGAAUCAGUCAUGAAAGAUUUUGUGAAUAAAACUAAUGUCAAUGCAGUGCAGCAUGUAGCCUAACAACAAGGGACAGCAUCUGGUCAAGCCAUCUUAGGCAGCCACAUUGAAAUGGAUGCCAUUGAUUGCAAAGGACGUUAAAAAAUAAUACCUUUAUGUCCACAUUAUGUUUGGGUUGAUUUAUAUAAUCCUGAUGGAAGAAUUUACUGAUAAUCAGGCUGUGGAGAUUUUCAGCAGUAGCUAGUUAGAUUUGAUAUUCACUGCUAUUUCCAAGUGAAUUAUUCUUCUCAAAAACCUGUGGCCCAAUCUGAACUUCUUUUGCUGGUUUUAUUUUGUGAUCUUCUUAAACCACUUAUAGAUAAAGCCAUGAAUGGUUGGAUAUAAGGAAGACUUGGCUUUGAGCUGGAAAUAGAAGCUGAUACCCAGGGCCGGCCCUAACAACUGUGGGGCCCAAUCCGAAACAGAUUGCGCUGGGCCCAGUCUGGGUAGGGAUAUGGAUAAUAAGUGAAAAUUAAGAUUUUGUAUUAGAAAGUGGGGCCUAUGAAAGUGCGGGGCCCACUGCAGCCGCAUAGGUUGCAGUGGCCUAAGGCCGGCCCUGCUGAUACCACAGAAAAUGUGGUGUUCCACAGAAAUAAAGAGUUUAAGAGAAGCUGGACCAACGGCAUAAAGUUAAUUUUUUUUUUUCUUGCCAAAAGGUGCAAGAGCUGGGGUUUGGCACCCACUGUUACGGAACCAAAAAAAGGGGGGAAAAAUGAAGUUUGUAAACGCUUGGGAAAAUUGAGAAAAUCAUGGCAGAAAAUGGUGGAGAUUACUUGUCUGCCACUUUAUAGACUUUUGACUGGUAUAACAUGAUAUCCACUACUGUAACUCAGAUGUGGCUAUGAAAACCAUCCAAAUAUGUUCUAAAUAAUGAAUUAUAAUCCUGAAAUUCCUUAUUCAUAUCUCAAAAUUGCUUUAUGUUUGGAUUUUACUAUAGAAAGUUUAAAAACACUUCUCCCAGUAUAGUAUUAAAAAAAAAAAAAUUGGAAAUCAGCAUUGAUGUGGAUAGAGCACACAUCAUCAUUGAUGGGGAUAGAACACACAUCAUCAUUGAUGGGGAUAGAACACACAACCAAUGUAAAGUUAUUGAACUUGUUUUUAUGGAUCAGUGACAUCUAGAUUUACGCCCUAUUAAUGUACCUAAACCUGGAAGAAUCUCCAAGUAAAUAAAGAUAAUAAGCUGAUUCUCUAUCAGCAAGUGCUGGACAGUAUUUAAAUUAAGCCUAAUGGGGAAAUUGUUAAAAUAUUGUCAAGUACUAUUAAAAACUAAUGGUCAGGUCAUUUCAUAGACACUUAAAAUGUCAAUGUCUUUAACUUUAAAAAAAUAUAUUUUCUGUUACCGUAUUUAUCGGCGUAUAACACGCACCUCAUUUUAAGAAGGUAAUUUCAGGAAAAAAAAAUUAAAUUAUAUCGGCGUAUAACACGCUCACAUCAUUUGCCCCCUAUUUUCAGGGAAAAAAAGUGAGUGUUAUACGCCGAUAAAUACGGUACUUUAUUGUCAAUUAAGUCUCAUGAACACCUGUUAAGAAUCUUCAGAAAUAAGUUUAAUCUAAUUUACUGCUUACACAAUGGUAUUUUUCUAUUAGCAAAAACAAUUGGUACCUCUGGAGCGUGAUGAACACUAACAGAGCCCUGAAAGUCUGAAGUUUGUUUGUUUUAGUCUUUUGUCAUUGUUGUAAACGAUGCUUACGAUAUACAAUAAUGAUUAUGCAUGGUGUUUUUUUUCGUUUUUUUUUUCUAGAGGUCCAUCACGAUAUCACUUGGAUCCUGAGUUGGCCUCAAAGUUCACAAAAUUCAAGCCAGGAGUUGUAAGGUAAUUAGCUCACAAAAAGUUGAUGGUUUUUUUCUCCCAUACACUAAGGUAUUCUCAAUUUUCACUCAGUUUUACAUUAUUAAAAACAAGCCCUGAACUGCUGGUAUAAGAUUAUUUUUACAUAAAUUUUUCAUUUAAAUUUGUCAUCGGAGUAAAUAUUUGUCAUACGUUCACUAUUUAUCAUUUAAAAGCUCAUAAAUUAUCUACAUAAAAAUGUUCUUCUGUUUUAAGUUUGUUAUAAUUUAUUUAUAGUUAAAAAAAUUUAACACUAAAACCAGUUGAAAAUGUUAAAACUUCCUAAAAUGGUGUACAUUUUUAAUUGGUAUCAGCAGAGAUUGUAAAAUUGUUAAAAUAUUAAUUUCAGUUCUCAUGAAAACAGUUUCUGAUCUUUUGUUGCAGUGAGAGUCUGAGAGAGGCCUUGGGUCUUUCUGAAAUUCAACUUCCCCAGCAUAUUUACAAGAUGCGAUUGUUUGGCUACCCUCCUGGUUGGUUGGCAGAGGCAAGGCAGGUUGAGUCAGGUGUUACCAUAUUUGAUAAAAAUGGCAGAGGUAUGUCAAUGGAUCAAUAUUCAAGUAAAAGAUGUUAAUGUAUGCUUGCAAUUUUCAUUAAAGAAGUGCAUGGAUACAUAUUACCUUGGGAAUGGAAAGAGCAUAUUGGAAAUAUUGACUGUUUUGAAAAAAAUGAGUGUCUUGGUACUUUAGAAAAUUAAAAUUCACUUUGGUCAACAGGUAAUUUAAUAUGAAUUCAAAACACUAUUUCUAUUUUCAAAUGAAGUCUGACUUUGUUUUCAAAAGUCACAUAUUUUUGUUGUUGUUGAAAAAAAAUUGUUGUAAAAGAGCAGUAAACAACUGAAAGAAAUUUAAUCAUGUUGAUAAAAUAUGCCCUUUACAUUUGCAGGAAAUAUAAUUAAAAGCUGUUUAAAAUUGUAUAAAGGCAAAAAUUGAAGAAAUUGUGAUAACUAAGGUUCUGUGAUUUUUUAAAAUUUACAAACAAAGAAGUUUGAUUGUGGUAAUAGUAAACCUGUUGCUUUCACAUUACCUUUAUUUUCAUUAACAUUAUUCCUAUGACUUUUCAGAACAAGUCAAGUUAUUGUAUGUGUGUGUAUCCAAUCUUGUUUAAAUAACAUGUAUGUGCAUAUUUUACUCUUUGCUCAUAUGAUAAAACAGUGUAAUUUUAAAAUAAAUACAGGAAGUGGUGUAUUAAAUAUGUAAAUUUUACAUUACUGAGUGUGCAUUUCAAUUGUAAAUGAUUCCAUUUUUGGCUCAUCUUCCAUGUUUUUUUCUUCUAUUUAAAGUAACAUUGAUAACAGGAGAGUGUCUGGAAGAUGGGGAACUUGAUGAUGAGUCAUCAGAAAGUAAGAUGGGUAAUGUUGUCUUUCUUAUUUUAAUGUUGCUCUGAGAACUCAUUUACUACAAUCAGUGGAGCACUUAUCAAUCCUUUAUUAGUAGAUAAAUUUUUGAUACAAUAUUUAAAUCCCAUGAUUCCUGUUUUUUUCUUCAGAAUAUGAUGUCAACAAAAUUAUAGAGUAUCCUGGUUUCACCAUCCCGGUCCCUUCUGGCUAUGUGGAUGUAAGUAUUUUCAAUGCUCAACUUUUAAUAAUAAUAAUAAUAAGAUUUCUUUUAUAGCACGGUACCCCAGCAUAGGGCUGGGCUCACCGCGCUGUACAUAAAAAUUUUAUCAAUCUAUAUUCACCCACCCCACCACAUAGCUUUUACAAGGCAAACCAUGGACGGCAGCCAGCAAGAUUAUGUUGUGUGUACCAUACUUUAAUUGAAUGGGCGGUUUCAUUCAUGCAAUUAUUAAACAUGUGUGCUUCCAUAAAAAAAAUCUGAUGGAUGUUUGCUCAGCUUGUAAAUAAAUAAAGUUAUUUUGCCUGAGAAAAAUGGAUGACAUUAAGUCUUUUUAAUGAAUCCAUCAUUUCAAUGACUUUCUAGUGAUGUGUAAUGGUGAUCUUCCUUCUGUCUUAUAAAUAUGCAUUAGCUAUGUGGUGUGAAAUGUUGAUUGACAAGUUCAUAAUAAACAAUUAUCUUGUCCUAUAAAGGAACAUGCUGUGUACAAAAUGCCACCCAUUCAGCAACAUCAAUUGAAAAAGACUUUGAUGUCCCAGUCAUCAGAGAAGGUAGCUUUCUCAUUUAUUAUUGAAACUAGCUACUUAAUGAUUCCCUUUGCUUUUAAUCUCCCAGCUAUUUUGAAAAAUCGGCCCUCUCCAGGCUAAUUUGAAUAAUAAUUGAAUAAUUAUUAACAUGGGAUAGAUUUUAAUAACAAGUUACGUUUACUGAUUUCACAAAUGAUCUUCAGGGAAAGAAUGGAAUUAAUAUGUCAUUAAAGGAGGCCUGUGAAAAUAUCCAGUCAUCCACCCUGUGCUUUAUUAAUGAGGUAACGCUCCUCUGUUUACAGGUUUCAGCUAAGAAACGUAAGCGAGAGAAAGAAAGAGAUGAAGACGAAGAAUGUGUGAAGAAAUUAAAGACUGAUGAAGACUUGGAGGAAGGGGAAGGUAAAAUAAUUCACUUUAUUAAUUAGAUUGUUGUUUGUGUUUUUAAUUCCAUAGCUUUCCAAUAAUGUGUUAAUAUUUGUUCAUUUUACCAUUAGAUAAGAAAAUGGAACUUAAGAAAUCAGAAAACUUUAUAUUAAGACAAGUACCUGUGCAGGAUCCCAUUUCACCACUGUUAAAAAAAAACACUUUUUUUUUUUUUUUUUUUUUUUUUUUUUUAAAAAAAAUUUUUUUUUUUUUUUUUUUUUUUUUUUUUUUUUUUUAUAUCUUAAAUUUUAAAAUCAAUUUUGGAAGCUUUUAGCAGGAAAAAAAAUCAAAUAAUUCUAAAUGAGAAUAGAUAAAGAAUUAAUGUUUGAUCAAGCUCACUUACAGCAAGAGUUUCAAAGUGUAUAUAGAAAGAUCAAUUUACUUUUGGGUUUGAGCUUUAUAAAAAAAUUAUGAAUGAAGAUGGCCCAGCGGGGCUUGUCAUUUCUCAGGCCCUGAAACAUCACAGUGCAAUGCGUAAUGUUAGUAUUUUUAGAACAAUGCACAAUUUUUUUUGUCAAACAUGGCUGCAAAAAAUGUUUUUCAGCAUAUACAUUUAUAUUAGUAACAGUAAAAAUCUUUUUAAAAUGUAGUUGGAAACAAGUUUCAGCCUACUUCGUUAACUAACAUUAACGAACAGCUGUUAAGAUAUUGGCCAAACUGAAUACUUGGUUGAGAAAUUGGCCUAAGUGAAUGCUUGGAUGUUCUAUUGAUAUAUUUUGACCUUUAAUAAGAAUGCCUGAAUGGUUUGUUAAUAGAUUUCGGCCAUUAAAUGACAAACCCUCAUUGUAAAUUUCAAUCUCAUUUCUCAUGUUCACUAAUAUUAAAGCCACCUAAUGAAAGUAUCAUAAUAAUAUUUAAAUUUAUAAUUCAGUUUUCAAAUAUGUUCAGAUGCUAAGAUUAUGUGGUGAGAUUUUCUUUUCUCCAGACAAUUAUUGAAAAUUGAUGCACAACUUUUCAACCUAUAAGAAAUGCAUUAUGAAAACGUUGUUUUACUCUUUAGCUAAGGAAGAAGGGGAGGAGGGUAACAUCACAAGAGAAGAGGAAAAUACAGACAUGAAAGAAUCAACAACAUUAGACGAGACACAGCCCCCAACCAAUAACGAGGCAGAGGCACCGCCAUCUUUGAUGAAGUCAUCUUCAACAAUUUCAUUGAGCAAGGAUUUUGGUACACCUAUUUUAGUGAGUCUGGUUUCUUGUGGUUUUAAUCAACCGUUUAUUUUCAAAUGCCUAUCUGUUGUAUGGUGUUUAAUGAUCAUCCGGCUAUACAGAAGAUUUUCUGAAUGGAUUUUUAAAGUUGGCUAAAGUAAAAUAUAAGCUUUGAGAGUUAUUUAUUAUUAGCCUAAUCAAUAAAUAUUUUAUCUUUGAGUAAAUAUAGUCUGCUUAAGUAUCAUAAUUUACGGACAAUAAGACGCAACUUAAUUUUUAAGCAAUUUUUUUAAAUAACAUUUUUACUAUUUUUAUUAUUAGAUUGCAAACAAACUAAAGAAAAAUUCUUAGUUUAUAAAACCAAACUGACCUUUAAAAUCCCUGAAAAUCGUCAUCAGAACUUUUUCUUAUUCUACUUCGUCAUCAUCAUUGUCCUCUUCAUAUAUAAGAUGGUCCUCACUGCCAUCAUUACUUAUGAUGAAGCACUUCUUGAAAGAUUUAACAAUAAUGUCUUUUCUCACUCUAGACCAUGACUCUUUUAUCCACUGACACAUUUGUUUGAUUGUAGGUCAUUUUAAAGUUCCCUUGGCAUGAAUUCAUGUUGGGUUUCAUCUAUGAUCCAUUUGUUCCAUUCCUCUUUCAUAUACACUUUAAAUGGUUUAUUUAUCGAGACAUCAAGAGGUUGCAACUGUGAAGUAAGUCCUCCCUGAAUAACAGCAAGCUCUAUAUUUCUCUUUCUCAAUUUCUCUUUCACAGAAUUUUUCAAAUGACUUCUAAACUGAUCUCGCACAAGAAGAGAACUCUUCUUCAAUAAAGCACCUUUCCUUCUCUCCCACACUGUGUAAAUCCAUAAUUUCAUACCAGUCUCGUCCAUCCAACCCUUAUCAUGUACAUAAACAAAGCACCUGGCAGAAUUUCAUAAGGUUUUGGCAUUGUUUUGUGCUUGAAAAUGAUAAUUGGAUUAAGUUUAGUACCAUCAGCACAACAUGAAAGGACAACAGUGUAGGGAUUUGUUCAUGUGCACUUGUUUUUAUAGUUACAGUUUUAGCACCUUUCACAGCAACAGUUCUGUUUCUCAGCACAUUAAAUGUCUGUGGAGUUUCGUCCAUAUUCGCUUAUGGCUGAGUUCCGUCCUAGUUUUCUUUCGAUGUUGAAUAAUAAAUCGAUGGAAAGAUAAUAUUUUCUCUUCAUACUCUUGUGGCAUUUUCUGAGAUAUUUUGGUUUUUGUUCGCAUGCUAAGUCCAGGAUGCUUCAUAAACCUGUAGCACCAACCAACUUUACCCUUAAAGUCUGUUAAGGUCCACUGUAGCGCUAGCUUACGUGCGAGUAUUUGAAUCAUUUUUGUAUUAAUUCCAAUGCCUUUUUGACGGUGUCCUUGAAUCAAUUUCAAUACGUCAUCUUCUAGUUUUGGCCAUUUUGCAUUCAGUCCUCUAUUUGCUCAUUUUUUUAGUUCCUCUUUACUGUCCCACCAUUAGCGAAUGGUUUUUUCUGUUGGUGGAGGGCCAAAAUGCUGCUCAGCUGCUCUGUUUCCAUGUUCUUCUGCAUAUGCUAUUACUUUCAAUUUAUAGCCCCGCAUCAUAUGAAUACUGGUACCUUUGAUUUUUUUCCAUUUCGUAACUAGCUACUAACAAAAAUAUUGUACUGUUACCGAAAACACAAAUCACUUUCAAUUCAAGUUCACUGGCACCGUAGACUGCAAUGACGCAUCAUAGACUAGACAGUAUCAUAGACUAGACAGUGUUCUGGGUUUGUGAUGGCGGGGUGGGAGGGAGACAGUGUUCUGGGUUUGUGAUGGCGGGGUGUGAGGGAGACAGUGUUCUGGGUUUGUGAUGGCGGGGUGGGAGGGAGAUGGUGUUCUGAGUUUGUGAUGGUGAGGGGGGGGGGGGGGGGGGCCACUGUUAACAAGCUUGUGAAUCCCUGCAACUCAUGUUCCGCGCACUGGUGCACUGCUGCUGCCAGUUGAAUCACGGGGUGGGAGGGAGACAGUGUUCUGGGUUUGUGAUGGCGGGGUGUGAGGGAGACAGUGUUCUGGGUUUGUGAUGGCGGGGUGGGAGGGAGAUGGUGUUCUGAGUUUGUGAUGGUGAGGGGGGGGGUGGGGGGGGACACUGUUAACAAGCUUGUGAAUCCCUGCAACUCAUGUUCCGCGCACUGGUGCACUGCUGCUGCCAGUUGAAUCCAAUGUUUCCAGAUAUAUGUCAAAUAUAUGGCCAUUUUUAAGACUGGCAGAAAUUUUAAAUCAAACACUGGACAUUUUUAUAUUAAUUUCGAGUAUAAGAUGCACCUGAAUUUUAGAGGCGAUUUUUCAAAGAAAAAGUGGCAUCGUAUAUUCUUUACAAUUCUGUAUUUAUUUCAUGGAAAUAAACUAAAAGAAAUUAAUUAUUUUUAGUGUUGAAAAAAAAAAAACAAUGUUGACAUUUUAAGAUUUUACUCAUGAAAAUCUACUUCCAGUUAGUUCAAUCGUUCCCAUUUGGAAUUCAACUUCAGAAUUAAAUAGAAACACCUUGGCCCUUCUAUUUAAAAAAAUUAAUAUUACAUUUUUUUCUUCAACAAAACUUGACUAUUAAUUUAAAUAAUUUAAGAGUUAUCAGUGGCACUUUCAUUAUAGUGAAAUAAGUUAGUAUUGUGUUUUACAUCAUGAUUCAUCCAAAUACAUUUUUAUUUUAGGUGAGGGAAAAGAUAAGACUUCCAGAUGCCAGCAAAUUUGGAAAAAACAUUGAAGAGCACAUACCAUAUGAGAAUCUUCCCAACUCCACUGGAAUAUUUGACAAAAUGAGAGAUCUUUUAGAAGAAAUACGCAAAAAAGCUAAAAAGUAACAUACAGUACCCUUAAUAUGUGUGAUGUAUGUUUGAGAUUGCUGUAUGUUUGUUUUUUUUAUAGAAACUUUACUUGAAAUUUUAAUUUCUAUUACUAUUUGUAAACCUGUUACUACAAGCUGAAAUAAAAAAAAUAUAUAAUAUUGAUCUUAAAAAAUGUGCUUUUCCUUUUCCAAUAAAAUGGAAACUUGAGCUUUUUAUUUUAAGAAAUACUGGUUCUAUAAGUUUUGUUUACCUGUCAUUACUUUUAAAAUAGGGAUGUUUCAUUGUUCACAAUUGCAUCACAAUGAGCUUGUAUACAGUUACCAUUCCUUACACAAGUGUGUUUCUCCACUUGGUUGUAGCAUUUUUGCCAAAUCAUCUCUGUGAAUCCUGUAGGCUACAGCACCACUCCAAUAAAAAAAAAUGUGUUCAUAAAAUGAAAUAGGCUCUUCAAAUGGAUAGCUUCCCUUCAUCCACCAAUCCCUAAAUCUUGAAACUUGUAAACAGAUGUUUUGUUUAUUUUCUUUUACUGCUUAUCUAACUCAGAUUUGUAUUAGUUGUCAUUUGGUUCAACUUUGUGAGCUACAUUCAUCAUGAUAAAAUAGUUUUGCAGCAUCGAUGUUGUCACGAGUAAGUUUUGUAAUAUAAAAUACAAAACCACCGAAUAAUUAAUUAUUUUAUUAUUUUUUUUAAGUUUGUUUUUCUCAUAACGUAAGUUAUAAUAUUAAUGUUGGUUCAUUUCUUUGUAAUAUGUUCCUUGUAGUUGGGUUAAUGGGGUGUGGAGAUUUGCUCAAAAUAAUUUUAGACAUGUUUAGAGUAGGAUGGUUUUACAAGUAAGUCCUUUACUUUUACUGUUCUCACUGUUCUUUUGGUCAUAGUCACACAUGUUUUGGUUUAGUCACAAUAGCAUUUCUCUCAUUCUGUCACAGUAGCAUUUCUCUGUGUUCUGUCAAAAUAGCAUUUCUCUCAUUGUUCUGUCAAAAUAGCAUUUCUCUCAUUGUUCUGUCAAACCCUACUGCCAUCGGUCUAAGUGACAUUAAUCUCCAUUGACAAACCAUAUAGCGGUUAAACUACAGUGAAACCCUCCUGCAUUGCAGGGUUAAUAACAUUCAUUUAUCCUGUCUUCUAAUAAUGCAUACAUACACUAUGUAUCAUUUGUUCUCUCGUAUUUGUUGAUUUAUUGAUUGUAGUAUAUGAUGCAUCCAUUCAUACAAAAGUUGCAUGCUAAUAGAGUCUGUAGGUUUGGUUGAAAUAAAGUAGUAAAUAAAAAUGUUUAAUCUUAAAAUAAACUGUGGUAGAUUGUGUCUGUUUAUGGUUUAGUCUUUCAGUUCAAAAGUAAUAUGAUUUAGAUCAAGGGUUUGACGCUUUUUUUUUUUUUUUUUACAAAGGCCAAUAAGGGAAUCUCGUUGGCCUCCGGGGGCUGGAUAGAUUGUGCCAAAUUCAUUUUUGCCUACCUGUAUGAUCGGAGCAUCUACCAAAUUUUUAUUUUUUAUAAAAUACAAAUUUAAAACAUUUAAGACCUUUUUUUCCUUUGUUAAAUAUUUUUUUUUUUUUUUUUUUUUUUUUUACAAAGGCCAAUAAGGGAAUCUCGUUGGCCUCCGGAGGCUGGAUAGAUUGUGCCAAAUUCAUGUUAGCCUACAUGUAUGAUCGGAGCAUCUCCCAAAUGUUUAUUUUUUAUAAAAUACACAUUUAAAACAUGUAAGACCCUUUUUUCCAUUGUUAAAUGCAACACCGCUGUUCUUUUCCCUUGUUAUUACACAGCACCCUAGUUUGCCGAUCCCAAUUCUUUGUGAAACUGCUAAAGGAUUGGUUGAAAUUUAUAUACAUCUUCAUACACCUUACUUCAAAUCUCAUACUUGUCUUGUUGCCCCAGACAGUUCAUGAGCCUCUACAUGAUAAGAUCUGAGGUUUUCUUGUAUUUCCCCUUUUUUUAAUGGCACACAAUUAAUUAUAGCUUGAUGGUGUCAGUGUCAGAGGUUUGAAAUAUUCAAAAUUGAAUCUUUUUAUGAAUUAAAUAUCUUUAUUACAUCUAUCAUAUAGGGAAUUUCCUUUGAGUAGAAAUAUUAGAAAAUACCUCUCAUAAAUAUAAUCCAAUUAUGUUGUUAUUUUCUUUAACCAUUUCAGCUAGUUGUCAUUAGGAAAUUCUAGGUAAAAAUCUGCCACAGUGAAGUAGAAUUUUAAUGUUAGAUUUUUUAAUUUCUUAUGAUGUGUUCAUGUUUAACUAAAAAUGGAUCAAUUAUCACUGAUUACAUUUUUUGUGUUUUACCCGUCAUAUGAAAUUCUCUAACUUUAUCACUAUUAAUACUAUUAAUAUGUAUUGUUUCUCUCAAGUCAUGUUCACCC